AUGGCAGACAUCCUAACCCAACUCCAAACCUGCCUAGACCAGCUCGCAACCCAAUUCUACGCCACAAUAGGCUACCUAAGCACCUACCACGACAACUCCCCUACGAUCCCACCUCCAGACGUCCCAGACGCCGCCCCAGCCCUCGCCAAAAUCCCCAAGAACUCCACCGCGCCGCCAGUCCCAGCCGGCGCACCGGUCCCAGCGCAGUCCCAGGCCUCCCCUCCAGCCCAGAAUCCCGCACAUGGCGCUGCAGGCGCAGGCACAAGCGUAGGCGACGGUGGGCAAACGCCCGGCCCGGCAGCGGGCGCAGGGGCGGACGCGAACCUGCCGGCGCCGGAUAGCCCGCGGACGUUUGCGAGUCGGCAGCGGGAAUUGGCGCGGGAUCUUAUCAUCAAGGAGCAGCAGAUUGAGUAUUUGAUAUCGGUGUUACCGGGGAUUGAUAGCUCUGAGGCGGAGCAGGAGAAGCGGAUUCGGGAGUUGGAGGGGAGUUGA